CACUUUUUUUUUUGGGGUAAGGACCCUCACACAGUUACACUUGAAAGUCUCCUUCAGGCUCCAGAGACUACCUAGUUCUCCUGUGCUUCUAAAAGAAAGUUCCUCCUAGUCUUACAGUUUUGAUUUUUUGAGCAUUUUAUUGCGGCCAUGGGUUCCGUCAAAGCAGAUACAAGUAAAACCCAUAGGAGAUCGUGCCACGUUGUGGCGAUGCCGUAUCCUGGUCGAGGCCACAUCAACCCUAUGAUGAACCUCUGCAAGCUUCUCGCGUCCAGAGGAAGUGGAAGUGGAAGCAGUAGUGAUGAUAUUCUCAUCAGCUUCGUGGUGACGGAAGAGUGGCUGAGCUUCAUAGGUUCCGAUCCCAAGCCAGAUAACAUCCGGUUCCGCUCUAUCCCUAAUGUCAUACCCUCGGAGAAGGGCCGCGCCGGCAACUUCGCCGGCUUCCUCGAAGAGGUUAUGACUAAGGUGGAAGAUCCCUUUGAGAAGCUGCUGGACCAGCUAGAACUAGAGACUCCGGCGACGGCCAUUAUAGCGGAUACUUACUUGGUGUGGGCUGUUGGGGUAGGGAACCGAAGGAAUAUUCCGGUGGCAUCACUGUGGACCAUGUCACCCCCAGUCUUCUCAAUGUUCUAUCAUUUCGACCUCCUUGUACAAAACGGACAUUUCCCUGCCAACUUAUCAGAGAGGGGACAUGAACUCAUCGAUUACAUCCCGGGGAUCUCUUCUAUAUGCUUAGCAGACCUGCCAACAAUCUUCAAUGGGGCCGGUAGAGAAGUGUUGGGUAGAGUCAAGGAAGCCAUCUCGUGGGUGCCUAAAGCACAGUGCCUUCUGUUCACAUCCUUCUACGAGCUUGAUACCAAAUCCACAGAUGCCCUAAGGGCAGCACUCCCAUUCCCAGUGUACCCUGUUGGCCCCUCCAUACCUCACAUGACACCAAAAGACAAGAAGAACAUUAAUGAAGACUAUAUCAAUUGGCUAGAUUCUCAAUCUGAAGGAUCUGUCUUGUAUGUAUCAUUGGGUAGCUUUCUAUCAGUUUCAAGUGAUCAGAUGGACGAGAUUGCAGCUGGGUUACAUGACAGUGGGUUCCCAUUCUUGUGGAUUGCUAGGCAGGACACUUCAAGGUUACAGAAGGCUUGUGGGGAGAAGGGGUUGGUGAUACCUUGGUGUGACCAGUUGAGGGUCCUCUGCCAUUCUUCCAUAGGAGGCUUUUGGAGUCACUGUGGGUGGAAUUCAACACUAGAAAGUGUAUUUUCAGGUACUCCUAUGCUUACUUUUCCCAUCUUCUGGGAUCAAAUGCCCAAUAGUAAAUUAAUUGCAGAUGACUUGGGAAAUGGAUGGAGAGUGAAGAAGGUGGGAUCUGGGGAUGAAAAUGAGGUUGUGAAAAGAGAUGAUAUUGCCAGGACUGUGCAGAGGUUUAUGGACAAUAGUGGAGAAGGAAGUAAAGAGAUGAAAAGAAGAGCUAGAGAACUCCAACUUGCUUGUCAAGGAGCCAUUGACAAGGCUGGAUCUUCUGCGACUAAUUUGGACGCUUUUGUCAGGGACAUUCUGCAACAUCCCUAAUGUGACUACAGUUCUAAAUUUAUAUCAAAUUGCUCUAUAAUAAGAACUAUUGAUAGCUUACCCAUGCAAUUUGAAAAAUGGGCAAGGUCGGUCCAUUCUCUGAACCUCUACUAGAUGUUUCAAACUCAUCACAGUAUAUGAAUCAAUUUUCGAUUCAAAGUA